AUGGCCAACACAGACGACGAGGACGCAUACCUCUACAGCUCCGAGGACGAGCAGCCGAAGGCAAAGAAGGCGAAGCUAGAUGCCUCCACAGAAAGCAGCACCAACACCACAACAGAAGGCACCGCAGCCGCCAAUGCCUCGACCAAGGCCGACGCGAACGCUGCCGCAGAACUUCUGGACGACGACAGCGAGGAGGAGAGCCUGGAUGACGACAUUGAGUUCGUGAUUGGCGACACAGCACCAAAGCCGCUCACAGCGUCUGUCAAGCCGCUGGCAGCAACCGAGACCGCGCCGGAGGAGGCCGGCGACGACGAGGAUGAGAGUAGUGUAGUGGCGAAGCGCGGAGGCCCUGCUGUUAGUAAAGACGAUGGAGCAGCAGCUGUAGAUAUAAAUGCCGUAGCAGAGUAUGAGGGGAAGCCGCUUACGCAGCUCGACCUCGAUGAGCUAAAAGAUAAGCCGUGGCGGGCGCCCGGCGUGGAUAUCAGUGACUACUUCAACUAUGGCUUCGACGAGUUGACGUGGACGGCGUACUGCCACAAGCAGGAUAAAACCAGGGGCGAGUUCAAUCCACAGAAGGUCAUGGCCAAGAUGAUGGGCGGGCCCGGCAAGGGCGCUGCACCAUUUCCAUUUCCAUUCAUGCCCAAUAUGCCCAAUAUGCCUAACAUGCCUAACAUGCCUAACAUGCCCAAUAUGCCUAACAUGCCUAACAUGCCAAAUAUGCCAAAUAUGCCAAUGCCUCCAAAUGGCAUGAGCGGAAUGCCUCCAAUGCCUCCCGGCGGCAAUAUGCCACCCAUGAACAAUAGAUCUGGACCCAUGGGAGGCCCGGCGGGAGGAAACGGCAGACUGGGUCCACCCUCGGGUCCCAACCAGAACCCCAUUGGGAAGAGCAUCAACCAAAAACGAGACGGCCGCUACAAAAAAUAG